UAUUACAUGACAUUCAUAUAUGGAUGAUUGCUCUGAGUUUUGCCGUGUGUAUUCACUUCAUUCUCAGCAAAAAUGAAGCUUUGAAUAUGUUUAAGACUUAAGAAGCUGACCUCAACAAGAAAAUAAAUAUUAUGAUUAGAUAAAGGAGGAGAGUAUGAAUCUGUUGACUUUUCUGAAAUUUUAACAUUGCUUGAUGUUUGUGGCAUGUUGGGCGGUUGAAGUGGCCAAAAAUUUGGUCUUUGCUGGUUGAGUUAAGCUCUUCGGACUUUCAUAGUUGAGCUACAGCUCCAACCAUGGGAGGUCUCGUCUCUCCCACCGCUCAUCAUCUAUUGCGUCUCCUGCUCUCCUCCUCUCUGAGCAAGCGAAGGGAACCCAAUUCGGCACCAUAUUGAAGAAGGUUCGUUAAAGUUCAUUUUAAAAUCAAGUACAUGUUUUCAAAUUUUGGGCGUUGGGUGCUUCUACUAAUUAUGGCACUAGAAUUUAUCGGUGGAACACUGUUUACGCUGCUCUAUGAUGGCGUUAAGCAAGCCAUGAGCAAGAGCGGCACCUUUAAAUCCCUUCUCGGAGAUCUCAAAUCCACCCUAGACUCUUUGGUGGCUAGAGACAUCCAACAAAUUGGAGAGCAUAACGUCGAAUUGGGUCUCCCAAAUGAGGAAAUCGAAGGUCUCAAAAUGCUAAUGGAGGAAGGUGUAAAGCUCGUUGAGAAGCUAUCGAACUUUCACAUGUGGAACUACUGCUGCUUAAAUGAUUACAGUGAGCAGAUUGUUGAAUUGGAUAGGGCUCUGAAAAGAUUGUUGCAGAAAUUGAAGAUGCAAGAAGCAAGGGAUGUGAAGGAGGUGUUGGUUUUGGCAAGGCAAAACCGAGACAAGCUCGAUGAAGUGAAUAGAAGACUGUUGGAUAUACAGAAAUUGCUGCAGGAGAGAGCUGGGGAUGUCACGGAGAGCUCGGUUUCAGGAGGCAAUGCGGAGACGGUGCGGGAGCAAAGUCAAGGGAAUGGUGAGCAACAAGUGACGUCGUUCGAUGGAGGGACUUCUCUACAAGCAGUUUUUGUUGUGUUGUUUGAUGUGGUUAUAGAAGUGAAGGACAAGACUACGGUGUUUAAACCCCUCCUUGGAGAUCUCAAAUCCACACUAGACUCCUUAAAACCAUUGAUCGAAGAGAUUGCAAAACAUAACAAAGUAUUAGAUCGCCCAAAGGAGGAACUAGAAAAUUUUAGAAAUCAAAUGGAAAUGGGUGUAGAGCUCAUCCGCAAGUGCUCCAAGGUUCGUUUGUGGUCCAGCUGCAAACAGUAUAAAUACAGGGACAAACUUUUGGGAUUGGAUGAAUCUCUUCAAAAGCUGUUAAAUAUACUAAAAGUGCAGGUAGCAAGAGAUGUGAAGGAGACGUUGGUUUCAGUAAAAAAUAUAGAGGCAGUGAUCCAGAAAAUUGAAGGAAGUGGUCUGGUGCAAGAUCAAAUUCAAACUAAAGGUUGGGGUGCAUUACCUGAACCUUUAUCGCCUAGAGUUGGAUUGGAUUUAGUGAACGUGCAGGGAACAAGGGAUGUGAAAGAGACAUUGGUUUCAGCUAGGAAUACAAAGGCGGUUGUUGAUAAAAUUGAAGGGAGUGGCGCGGUACAAAAUCAAAGGGCAGCCGAAAAUCAUAGCAGGAAUAUAGAUUCAAAUGCUAGCAGGAGCAGAGGGAGUGAAUUUUCGGAGGCAGUAACCCGACGAAUGGACAAGUCACAGAGUGAUGGGAAAAUUUUGGAGACAUCCAACUUAAGAAUUUUCAGUUUUUCAGAGUUGAAGGCUGCUACUAGGAAUUUCCGCGGAGACACAAUGGUUGGUGAGGGAGAAUAUGGGCAGGUUUUCAAAGGUUUGGUGUAUGAGAAGACACUUGCACCUUCUAAGGUUGGCAUAGGAUCACCUGUUGCUAUCAAGAAAUUGAACCCAGGAAGUGCAAAAGGUUUUCAAGAUUGGCAGUCAGUGGUGAACUUCUUAGGGAAGCUUUCUCAUCCCAGCCUUGUCAAGCUAUUAGGAUACUGUUGGGAGGAUUAUGAUCUACUCCUUGUUUAUGAGUUCAUGCCAAGAGGAAGCUUGGAGAAUUACAUUUUCAGAAAAUUUUCAUUUCGAGUAGGGAGAUCUAGCACUGAACCACUAUCUUGGGACAGCAGACUCAAAAUAGCUAUUGGAGCAGCUCGAGGCUUAGCUUUCUUACACACUUCAGAAGUACAAAUCAUAUACAGAGAUUUCAAAACCUCAAACAUAUUGCUUGAUGAGAAUUAUAACGCAAGAAUCUCAGAUUUUGGCAUGGCAGAAUUGGGGCCAAUUUUUGUAGAGUCGCAUGUGUCAACUAGGAUUGUGGGCACAUAUGCUUAUGCUGCUCCAGAGUAUUUUGGAACAGGUCAUGUUACCACGAAGAGUAACGUGUAUUGCUUCGGUGUUGUGCUGCUUGAAAUUCUGACUGGGUUCCAGGCACUUGAUAGGCGUCGCCCCAUUGAACAGCAGAAUCUGGUCGAAUGGGCUAAACCACUUUUGUCUCAUGAAACACAGUUGAAAACCAUCAUGGAUCCAGGGAUUGAGGGACAAUGUUCCUUAAAGGCAGCGUUACAGACAGGACAGAUUAUUCUAAAAUGCCUAAAACUAGAUCCUAAAAGCCGACCUUCCAUGAAAGAAGUUGUGGAAGCAUUGGAACAUGUUCAGGAAAUUAAGGAAUAACCCUAGCAAUCCCUCCAAAGUGCUAAGACUGGAUCUACAGAUAUUAUGUAUGUACAGAUAUUGAACAGUCGUCUUCUUUUUAGUUCUUUUUUCCAUGUUGAAUUUUUAUAUUUUGGGCGGCAACUGUUGGAAUUCGUAACAAAUUAUGUUGUUGUAGUCACCAUUUGUGCAGAAUUGGAGGAUCGUUUCUUAAA